AUGACCAUAGUUAACAAGCCAAAAUCUUCAAAAUCAAAAAAAUCGUCAUCAAGACGGUCUGACAAAUCUAAGAAACCCCGUACUAAAAAAAUGACGUCACGGACCGCAAAUUUGGGCCAGGUACCACCGGCAGAAGAUCCAAACAACGUCUCUGUGGACAAGGGACCUGGAGGUGCUAUUUACUGUAGAUCAUCUCAAAAAUCUAAGCCUUUUGCCCAAAGAGAUCUAGUUGUUAAUGAUGGAAUUGCCCCACCACAGAGGAUUCUCUUUCCACCUGAGAAAAUUUGUAUGGAUUGGCAACAAAGACUAAGUGUUGGAGCUGGGCUGCUGAAUGUCGGCAACACGUGUUUCAUUAAUUCCACUCUACAGUGUUUGACAUAUACACCUCCUCUUGCGAAUUACAUGCUUUCUCUUGAACACACCAAGUCAUGUAAUGAACAAGGCUUCUGUAUGAUGUGUGCGUUGCAAACUCACAUUAACCAAGUCCUGUGUUCUAAUAGUGCCAUCAAACCUACAUCUGUUAUCAAUGGCGUUAAAAGAAUAGGAAAAAAUUUCCGUUUUGGCAGUCAAGAGGAUGCCCAUGAGUUCUUAUGCUUCACUGUUGAUGCUUUGCAGAAAGCUUGCCUGAAUGGAAGCAAUAAAUUGGACAGAUCUUCUCAAGCCACCACACUUAUUUCUCAAAUAUUUGGAGGAUAUCUAAGAUCCCGAGUAAAGUGUUUGAACUGCAAAGCAGUUUCGGAUACGUAUGAGCCGUUCUUUGACAUUACUUUGGAUAUAAAGGCAGUUACAUCUGUCACCAGAGCUCUAGAACAAUUUGUGAAACCAGAACAACUGGACGGUGAAAAUAGCUAUAAAUGUAGCAAGUGUAAGAAGAUGGUUCCUGCAUCAAAGAGGUACACGAUACAUCGUUCUUCCAACGUUCUCACAGUAUCACUGAAAAGAUUUGCAAAUUUUACAGGUGGAAAAAUCAAUAAGGAUGUAAAAUAUCCUGAAUAUUUGGAUCUUCGAGCAUAUAUGUCUCAGUCGAUUGGAGAACCUCUCAUCUAUGCUUUAUAUGCUGUUCUUGUACAUAACGGUUUCAACAGUAACGCAGGACACUAUAUCUGCUUCAUAAAGGCUGGUAAUGGACUUUGGUAUCGAAUGAAUGAUGAGACAGUAGAGCCUUCUGAUAUCAAAAGUGUUCUUGAUCAGCAAGCCUAUGUACUUUUUUAUAUCAGGCGUUAUGAUUUGACACUUGGAGAACGUGCUUUUUACUUGCCAGCACCGUCUUAUCCCCGUUCAUUCCUUGGUCAGCGAGGGGCUAAUAGUAAGCAGCCUGGAUUUAUGGGACCACGACUUCCUCCUCAUAUGAUUAAG